AUACGCGUCUCAGUCCAUUGUAAAGUGUCGCCCAUGACUGGUCGAUCAUUUUAAACACAGGACUGGUUGAUAUACUACGCGGUGUACACAGGACUGGUUGAUAUACUACGCGGUGUACACAGGACUGGUUGAUAUACUACGCGGUGUACACAGGACUGGUUGAUAUACUACGCGGUGUACACAGGACUGGUUGAUAUACUACGCGGUGUACACAGGACUGGUUGAUAUACUACGCGGUGUACACAGGACUGGUUGAUAUACUACGCGGUGUACACAGGACUGGUUGAUAUACUACGCGGUGUACACAGGACUGGUUGAUAUACUACGCGGUGUACACAGGACUGGUCCAUUACGGUGUGCACAGGACGGGUAAACUUCGGUAUAGACAGGACGGGUCCAUUUCCGUGUCUACAGGACGGGUCCAUUACGGUGUCCACACCCAGCUUGACAGCUAAGAGCCCGCUGAUAUAAUGUCCCAACUGAAGCCAACAGGUCUAAGCUUCGCAGUGCCUGAUAGACAGUACUAUGUGUAUGUGAGCAGUGGCGUGUAAGAAGCAAGGGACAUGUCAUGGAAAAUAUGGACGUGUAACAACCGAGUUGAAGAGACAGCUGGACGCGGGGUUCCCCCACACAGGCUCAGGGUAGGGCACGGACCACAGGUACCGGAGCUGAGGCGUAACUCAGUAAGGUGCAGCGACUGAGAGUCGAAGGAGAGGCAGACGAGUAAGUGGGACAGCCAUAAUCCCCUUUAAGAGAACGCCGUGGAAAUAAAGGAGCGUGCGUCUAAUAGCUCUCCAGGAAGUAUGGGCAGGACUUUAAAUUCCGAACCCGCCACUCAAAAAAUUCCAAAUCCGCCAACAUCAGCUGUCGCCGCCCCUCUGCACCAAGGUGCUCGUCAGCACCACCACUGGCCGCCACACGCCGCCGCCCUCAGAGCUGCCAAGGGAGCAGCGGCGCGCGGGUGGCAGCCUCAGAGUCCAGUGUGCUGGAAACAUUGCUUGAUCUACACAUUCAUAAUCACAAGAAUACUUCUUAAGCAGUUCUUCGCAUUCACCACAUAACUUCUAUAUAGCGUGGAGGAUAAUACGCAAGAACACAAAUGUGACACACUAUAAAUUAAGAGUUAAUACUUCUUAAAGAGCAAUAUUUUAAGAGAUGACUUUUCAGUGAGAGGGAUCAGAUUCCUGAGCUCAUUGUGCGCCUCUCAAACCUAUUCCACCACUGUUCGUAGAAUGGAUAUGAGUUGUUUAAGAAAUGAAGACCUUGGAAAACCCCCACGAGAGUUCAAAGGGAUCAGAGAGAAUAAGAAACAAUGACAACAAACGGGGCCGUUCUUAGGUAAAGUAACUGUACCCACAGCUGAAAGGAGGCGAUGCCACACUUUACCCACUACAGAAACACUUGAGGUGGUGGUGUGUUGACGGGAUGACACGGCAAGGUCCACCAACCACGGCAAGGUCCACCAACCACGGCAAGGUCCACCAACCACGGCAAGGUCCACCAACCACGGCAAGGUCCACCAACCACGGCAAGGGCCACCAGCCAAGGCAAGGCCCACCAGCCACGGCAAGGUCCAACAACUACGGGUGAGGAGUGGUUGAGCUGGCUAGCCGGGUCGUGGAGCCUCCUUACACCUGCAGGUCAGCGCACACUCCUUCACUAGGAGAGGAUGAGUGGCGCAUCACGUGAGAGGAGAGGCAGGUGGAGGCGAGUGUUGGGGUUGCUGCCCUACGCAAUAUUGCUGGUAGUGGUCCCCACCCCGGCCAGCGCUCCCCUCACGCAGCUCAACAGUAACCAACACGCUGAUAACGCAGAUAACAGUGAGGGCUGCACGCUGUGUUACUCUCGUGAUGCUGCGCUGGGUCUUGGUCGACAUGGGAAGCCAACAGUACCGCCCGCACUGUGUAGUGAGGGUAACUGUGCACGAGACGACGAUGAUGGUUUUAAUGGUGAUUUGGGUAUAGCUGGUAAUGGUGACCUUGAUAAAGAUGAUAUUAAUAGUGAGGCCAGUGAGAAUUCUAGCCAUGAUCUCGUAUCUGGCGUUGUAGGUGGAACAGAAGAACUCCUCGGAUUAAAAAGUGAAUUUGCUGAAAAAGAAAAUGAGAGCGACUUAACACCAGGGCCAAGAACGACAUUGGGUUUGAGUAAGCCUCUAUUGCUUUCUGGCCACCAAGGCACCCAGAUAGCCUCUCCUGGUGACCAUGGCGGUGAUGACAGCCUCUUGGUGAGAGCCUCCAACGAAGCGGCGCCACACCACAACUAUGAAGGUACUAUAAGGUCUAUUCAAGCUCACCCUAAGGUUUCUCAGAUCUCCGAGCCACCGGGUGACCUCCCCCACGUGUCUGGACGAUACCCCCUGCGACCACCGGGUGAUAACACCACACGCGAUAGUCGUAUGGAGGGUACACAGGGUGGACACAGCAAACACACGAAGGAUACACAGGGCGGACAAAGCAACUAUAUGGAUGAUACACAAAGGAGACGAAGCCACAUGCUAAGUAAACAAAACUAUCUGGGAACCAAUAAGCAAAGAUCGCGAGGCCGCGAAACGGAUUCAUCAUUAGAAAGGCAGCAACGGGUAGUGAGGAGAGCAGAGAAGACUCAGCAGCCACAAGACUCGGCAGCACAACCAGCAGAAAUGCGGCCAGCAAACUGCACGUCAGCGCCCUCUUGCUCCGGACAACAGCCGGAACUCGGGGCAAGGUAUCCGUGCAGCUGCGACGCCCACUGUCACGUCUAUGGCGAUUGCUGCCAGGGGGUCCAGACGCCCCUACACCAGACCACGCCCACCACCCUCUCCCCAUCCUUCUUCACCUGCAGCAGCCUCACGCCCUCCGCUCACCGCAUGUGGGCCACUCCCAAGAUGGUGUACAUGGUGGGGCGGUGCCCCGCAGAGACGGAGCCUCAGCUGGCGGCCAAGUGUGCACGGACUGCUCCUGCUACCUAUCUCAUGGACAUUCCCGUCUUCUCCAACGCUUCUGGGGUCGUUUACAGCAAUGUCUAUUGCUCGAAAUGUCACCACGACUUCCGUAUAGAGAGGAUGAAUGUGAGCAUCACUUGUUCUCUGAACAUAACGUCUGCGGCUGAACUGGCCAACAUGACUUACCAUCCCGGGCAGCUGAGGUGGACCCUGGCAAACAGUGAGGGCGAAGAGGUGCCGAGUGGGAUACCUGUGUUGCACUCUCAACCAUCUAUGUCUUGCUUGUUGGAUGUAAAUUAUCCCGAAACUGUGGGUCGUAGGUGUGAGGAGACAGUCAACUCGUGCAAGGUGGAUUGGCCCGAUAAGGAAAAUUGGCAGCGAUGCUCGUCGUACAAUUAUUACGUGGAGGUGAACGAUAUCGUGUACAAAAACUGGGACUGCGCCAUUUGUAAUGAGGAAGAAGAGGGUGACAUUCAGUGUCUUUACAAGUACCCAAUCAUUGACGACCUUGACCUACGCAUAUUUGCGCAACCGCCUUCUCUGAUUGACCUUUUCAUCAUUGACGGUGAGUGUGAGGACAGUCAGGUAUGGGAUAUCCUGCACCAUCGCUGUGAAGAUGUCUCCUGCGGCUUUCUCUUCACCUUGGUUGACGGCAAAUGUUUGAGGAACAACAAGACAGUUGAUGGUCGUCCUUACCUCAACAUAUCCUGCUAUACGAGAGAUUUUAACCGUGACUACAGUGUCAUGUUUCCAAACCAGAGUAUCUACCUCAACCACACAGAAAAAACAUACGACUUGGGAGAAUAUGAGUUUAACAGCUCGUGGAUUAGAGUGUGUCGUCCGGAAGGUCGCUGGACUCCAGUCAUGAACAAGAUAUCGGCAGUUCUCAUCUCCAUCUCGCUGGUAUGUAUGUUCUUGCACAUGAUCAUAUUUCUGGCACUCCCAAAAAGACGCAACAUUCCCAGUAUGAAUCUCUUUUCUAUGACUGUUUCUCUAUUUAUCACCGAAUUCAUAUUUGUAAAUUUCUUUCACAUGAAUCAAAACUACACUUCUUGCGUUAUCAUUAGUGUAAUGAUUUAUUACUUUCUGAGUGCCUCUUUCCUCUGGAUGAAUGUCAUGAGCAUUGAUAUCUGCAGAACCUUUCUCUCAAGAACAUACAAGAUGAAGUCUCGUUCAGUUUUCUUUCAGUAUUCAAUAUACGCAUGGUCUGUGCCGCUAGUUGGAUCUCUGACAGCUGUCUCCGUAAACCAGUUGUCCUCACCUGAGUUCCUUCUAACGCCACAGUUUGGAACGGACGUGUGCUGGUUCAACAACAAAUGGGGACUAGUGGCAUUCUUUACCCUACCGUCUAGCCUAGUGAUACUGAGCAACGUUAUGUUGUAUGCAAUGUCAGUAUACAGUAUAUACAAACAAAUGAAGUCCGGAGAGUUUGCCUCGUCGACAAUACAUAAAAGCAGCAGCCAGCAGGGGAAUGGGAAGAAAAAAGAAAAGUUUCUGAAGUCUUCUAACGUUGAAGUUGGGGAAAGAAUGUUAAAUGUAAAGAGUAAUGAAGAGUCCGGUUCACCGAGAUGCGCUGAACGUAUAAAAGAGAGAAUUCACAGGAGAAUCGUAGCCCACAAAAAACAACGGAUACGACUGGUACUUUACUGCAAGUUGGCCCUCAUGAUGGGUUUAACUUGGGUGUCUGCUUUCCUUUCACUUCAUACCCUCAGUAUUGUCUUUGAGUAUCUUUUCAUUGUAUUUAAUGGACUUCAAGGAACUUUCAUUUUCAUUGCUUUUGACUGUAAGCAAAAAGUGUGGUAUGAAAUUCGUCAGAAAAUUGCUAGCAUGAAAAAAUUCCAGCCUGACAGCACCAGCAGCUCAUUCACCACCAAGUCCACGUCGCUAAGGACGUCUUCAGACAGGGGCUACAAAUAUCGAUGGUCCUCGAGUCGACGCCAGGAUGGAAGCCGCAAGCACUCAUCAGUGUCCGGUAACCAAAGUGAGUCGCAGAUCUUACAAAGUAAAAAUGAGAGUAACGUUUAAACAGUUCAACAGAUCGCUCCGAGUUACCCAACAGUUACAUGGGAUUUUAUGAGCUUAAAAUAACAAAUCAAAAUCGAACACAAAAUUUGCAUCUACGUAAAGCCAGAGAAAUAGUUUGUAUUUAAACAAAAAAUGAAGAGACGCAGAGACAGAUUUUAGAGAACAUAAUGGAAGCUGCAGAAGGCCUUUUGGACCAUACGAGGAGUUCAAGAUGUAUAUAUGAAAGAAUGCAAGGACUGUUUUAAGAAAAAUUCUACAUUUAUCUUGAAAAAUUCAACAUAAAUUUAUGGAAGGCUGUGCGCUGGUCAACAAGAGACCAGCUGUUGGUGUAUCCCAAAGAGAGAGGUCAGCAAGAGACCAGCUUUUGGUGUAUCCCAAAGAGAGAGGUCAACAAGAGACCAGCUGUUGGUAUAUCCCAAAGAGAGAGGUCAACAAGAGACCAGCUGUUGGAGUUUCCAAGAGAGAGAGAGAGAGAGAGAGAGAGAGAGAGAGAGAGAGAGAGAGAGAGAGAGAGAGAGAGAGAGAGAGAGAGAGAGAGAGAGAGGGGGGGGGGGGGGGGGAGGUCAGUGAGACCAGUUGUUAAAGGUAAACAACACGAACGUUCAAAACAAGGAGAGUUUACCCAAAUUUAGGGAUUAUGUGGAUAGUAUUUAUUUUGUCCAAGAACAGCAAAAUUUAUAUAUAGCCAUUCGAAAAAUAUUUUAAUUAUAUACAAAUUUUCAUAAUUCUCUUUUAAACAUUUGUCAUUGAUAUUAUCUUUCAUACAUAUUUACAUAUUUUUAAUAUAUGCUGCUCACAAAAAAACGAACAUUUUAUAUCAUCAUCAUCAUCAUCAUCAUCAAAUCGUAUCAUCACUUCUAAAUGCUAGGCGUCAUCAACUUCAAUGUGUUGUAUCCUGUCUGCCACAAAUCCUUAUCAUGCGGCGUUUGUAUUCUGAAUAAUUACUGUCUAUGCUUGUUGUUUACAUGUAGGAUGUCUGGGUCUUCAGUGAACAGGCAGAAUAUUAUCUAAUAUCUCUAGUCUAAGUCACCAAGUAGGCAACACUGGCCAGCAGUGUCUUGGUGGACCCAGGGUUUUCACGGGACCCCUGACAUUGGAGCCAUUGAGAAAUCUUAGGAGGACGGACUGUCCUGAAAGAGGACAACUGGUAACCGGCUACUGAAAGCCGGGGUCCAAGAGCUAAUGCUCGCUCUACUAACAUAUAUAUAUUACUACACACACACACACACGUGUACACACGUUACCUAAGCAUGUGUGUUACUAGACUACAUAUUGUGGGGUAGAAAUAGCCUAAGCUACUGUAUCCCUUUGAGAUGUAUUUAUUGCUUAUCUCAAUAAACAUACUUGAACUUGAACUUGACUACAUAUUGCCAUAAUCAUGAAUAAAGGAUAUAUUUCCAAUGUGCUUUGCCAUUGUAAACAUGCAGAGAUAAUUUCGACAUAAUUUCCGUGUUCCGGUAACACCAAUGUAACUACUGUAUGACGCCGGGUUAACCCGUGUAAGACUGAUUAAGGCAUUAAGACCUAAAUGUAAUUACCAAAUUAUUAAUAAAAGAUAGUCAUU